UGAUUCCACAUCUUUAUUCAGACUUUCUUUCUGUACUGUCUUUCUUUCCAGUGUUGCCAUAACUUUACUUUUUUCUUUCCUCGGUGGCGUCGGUUUGUUAAAUUGUUAAUUCAGUUAAUUCAUUCCAUUCAAUAAACUAAUAAACUCUUUAAACCAUUUUAAACAAUGGCACAACCACCUCCCAAAUUUACCGGUACGGGUUUGGAAGAAGUCAACAUUCCUGGUCAGGCGUAUUUGCGGGAAGCCCUUACGUCGUGUACGGAUCCCCUAAAAGCCAUAGAAAGUUUUCAGUUGGAAAAUGGGGUAUUACUGCCAUCGUUAAGACCAAUGCUGCCUCUACUGGAUUUACAUGGUGUACGGCGUUUGGAUUUUCAUACAUCCCUUAUGGAGGAGUUACGCGAUAAGCUAAUAGCUCACAUUAACGAACUGGGCCAAAAGGAUCCCCGCGAACGCGAUAAGAAACUCAAGGAGUUGUUGAUUAAAAGUUUCCCUGUGGUACGGGUAAAAGCCUUGCGGCCUGUGGUUAUGGCAAUUUUGCGUAACACUCCCCACAUUGAUGAUAAAUAUUUGCGUAUUUUGGUAAGAGAUCGAGAGUUGUAUGCAGACACAGAUACCGAGGUUAAACGGCAGAUAUGGCGUGACAAUCAAUCCCUAUUUGGUGACGAAGUUUCGCCACUACUAUCGCAGUACAUCAGAGAGAAGGAGCAUACUUUUGAUCAUACAAAUCUCAAUAAUCUAUUCUUUCAUCCAUCGCCCAAAGUAAGACGCCAGGGUGAAGUGGUCCAGAAAUUGGCCAAUAUGAUUGGUCGUAGCGUUAAACUGUACGAUAUGGUCUUACAGUUUUUGCGUACGUUAUUCUUGAGAACACGUAAUGUUCAUUACUGUACCCUAAGAGCUGAACUUCUAAUGGCUUUGCAUGAACUUGAUGUUCAGGAGAUUAUAUCUGUGGAUCCAUGCCAUAAAUUCACCUGGUGUCUGGAUGCUUGUAUACGUGAGAAAAAUGUUGACAUUAAACGAUCACGUGAAUUGCAAGGGUUUUUGGAUAAUAUAAAGCGUGGCCAAGAACAGGUGUUGGGUGAUCUUUCCAUGACACUGUGUGAUCCAUAUGCGAUCAACUUUCUCGCCACCUCGGCCAUAAAAAUAUUGCAACAUCUGAUUAACAAUGAGGGUCUGCCACGUGAAAACACCAUUCUCAUAUUAUUGCUUCGCAUGUUAGCUUUGGGCCUGAGUGCAUGGGUAAUGAUCGACUCGCAGGACUUUAAAGAACCCAAACUUGAUUCACAAGUAGUCACUAAGUUCUUACCUGCGCUUAUGUCACUAAUGGUGGAUGAUCAGUGUCGUAGUUUACACUCAAAGUUGCCACCGGAUGAACGUGAAUCGGCUUUGACAACCAUAGAACAUUCGGGACCAGCACCUGAUGCUGUGGAGGCCUACAUUCAAGAGAGUUCGGUAGCCAGCAUAUUGGCUAUGUAUUACACUUUGAAUACAGCCCGCCAAAAGGAUCGUGUUGGUGUUUUAAGAGUAUUGGCUAUAUUGUCUUCGUGCAAAGAUGAUCGGUCCUAUGAAGAUCCGUUUUUACAUUCUUUGAUUGCUUUACUUAUACCUAUGGCAGAGGAAUUUACUACAGAAGAUUUUUGUACGACACUAUUCGAUGAAUUCCUAUUUGCUGGCCUGACACGGGACAAUGUGACAAGGCAUAUGAUCAAGUUGUUGUGGUACGUCCAUAAUAAAUUGCCACCCGGUCGUUUGGCCACAUUAAUGAAAGCUAUGCAACCGACCACGGGUCACAAUGAAGCCGUACACAAGCUAUAUGAAACCCUGCAAGAACGCACAGCUCAAGAAUGUCCACCCGAACAAGCCGAAGUUGAUUUUGAUUCACCGCUGAAAAGUGUACCCACACCGGGUCCACAUUAUAUGCAAUAAACCCAUAUUCGAUUAAGUAUGGUUAUAGUAAUAGGUAAUGUAAGUUUCGGAAAAUAAAAUUCAUGGCGUUUUUUUUUUUUUUUUUGUAAUCGUAA